AUGAGCAUCGGGUCCUUUGCGACCUUCCUAAUCGUCUGUCCAACAUGCUUCUUCCUCGGCAUAAUCUUCUCCCUCUUCCCCUACGACUACCCAAUCCUCUGGUCCACCUCCCCAACUCCAGCCUCGCAUUACGACUACCUCGAAUCCCACCUGCGCUUCCUUCACGCCUCCCCGCCGUUAAUCCCGCGCAUCCUCCACAUCGUCAUCUUCCUGGGUCUAGCCGGUCUCCUGACGAAACUGUACAGACCCUCUGAAUCGAACAUGCUUUUCGACGGCGCGUCGCUGGUGCUGUAUAUGUGCGGCGUUACGGUGUAUAUCGCGAACAUUGUCAAGGGUCUGCGGCUUGUUUCGGACGGGCGGUAUGGGGAUUUUAUCGAUGAGAAGGUUGGCGAGGGGAUACUGGGGAGGGAGGAUUCGCUGAAGGUGCUUUCCGCGAGUAACACGAUUUUGGCGCUGGUGCUUGUUGGUGUUCUUGUGCUGCAGGCGGGGCAGUGGUAUGCAGAGAGGAAGGAUGCGUUGGAGUUUGAGUCGUUGGAUGAGACGUCUGGUAAGGAGGGUGAGGAGGGGACUGGGACUGAUGGAGAUGGGGAGGGGACCUCGUCGGGUGUUAAGGUUGGGGGUGGGAAGAAGGGGUUGAAGAAGAAAAAUUGA